UCGGGAAAAAAAUAGAACUUUUCGGAAAUUUCCGGCAUUUCCAGAAGUAAUAAUUGACAUUCUUAUCGUGUACAAAUGGAAAAUGUAAUUUUUUUCUUCACAAGAUUAGAAAUCAAAUAAAACAAGAGAUCUAAUAUAACACCUCAAUGUUUUUUAAAUUUUAACAUACACGGCAAUAUAUUUCUUUUGAAUAACUUUUCGAUAUCAUAAUGGACGUUGUCAAAUAUCAGCUAAAAACUAAAUCCAGUCGAUAAGAUUUUUUCGCGGCCAUUAGUGACAAAUGAUAUACUAGUGAUUUUUCCAUCCCCUAUUAACCGUCAUCAAGAGGAUGACAUUCGGCUGAUUUGCUUUUAUGGGAUAAUGGUCAAAGGCAUCAAUUACUAUUAGUUAGAGGUAUUGUCAACCAACACUAUUAGUUGACAAAUUAAAUUUAAAAUUCCCUAAUGUACCCGUUAUCUAAUACACCAAUCGCCAGAGGGCCCGGAUUCUAAUGUCUCUCCACUAUUUAAACCACUCCCGUAUGUUUCAAGCUCGUAUUUUUCAUUUCUACCUGUAACUGACCGCCGUUCAACAUGAAAUUCAAUUACGGUUUAGCAGUAUUUUGCUUCAUCUUGCUUGCAAAGUUUUCCAAUGCAAGGAUUGUACUAGUUCAGGUUCUAGCACGAUACACAGAGAGUACUCCGGUUUCGACCCACACCAUAAGGAGCUUCUUUCCUAAAAUCCGCGAAGAUAAUGUCUACCUACCAGAGGGGUAUAACCACUUGACGACGGUAUGUGCAAAUAAUUAACUAUAUAAUUUUCCUUCAAUUUUUGUUUUGUCUUAUUAGAUUUUUUUUUCAGGCAGGGAAAAAUAAAGCGUUAAAUAUAGCCAGCAUACUGCAGCAGAGAUAUGGAUAUGUCUUCAAAAAUUCAUCAAUUCAUUUGCAACCAAUUAUCAGCGCAAAUGCGAUACAGACAACCGAUCUAAUGGUGCUCGGAUUAACCACAGACUGUUACUCCUGGGAUAAAAACUGUCUUGACUCGAAAAAUAAUAUCAAUUCCAAAUUGUUACCCUCGAUACAAUUCAAUCAAAUUCAUUAUGAUUUGAAAAACAAGGAUCACGACCAGCUAUUCUUGAGCACCGUCUUCUGUAAAAACUAUCAGGAUAAAUUUAAUUUAUUGAUCGAUGAACAGACCCAAAAAAUGAGUGAGGAAUUGCGGAAAAUUUAUCAUUAUUUGUCAGAGCAUACAGGAACUAACUUCCAUACGAAUGUUGACGCUUGGAUUCUGCAUCAAUAUCUUGAAGCGAAGGCAAAUUCGGGCGGUCCCUUGGAGCCUUGGAUGCAAGAUCUGUUGGCAAAUGGAAUUUUGACGAAUCUUACUAUUGAGAAUUUCCAAACCAAGUCCGCCACACCCCAGAUGAGGCGUCUGUUGGGAGGUAACUUCAUCAAUAAGUUCUUACAGAACAUCGAUGAUUACUUGCACGGCGCCAAGACGAGACUAUUUAUGUACGUCGGCGACGAUUAUCAUAUAGCUGGACUUCUCAGUGCUCUGAGGCUAUAUGAUGGCAAGCAUAUUCCUAAUUACGGAAGUUACAUUGCCCUGGAGGUGCACGAGUUUUACGGCAAAUUGAGUAUUGUGGUAAAGUACAACAAUGGCCGAUCCGAUCCGAGCCAGACUGAACUACUGUCACUUCCUGGAUAUAAUCUGCCAUUUUGUCCACUAUCAAAUUUCAAAACAAUUGUGGAGGAAAAUACUCUGAAGAAUUUCCCUGGAGAGUGCAGCAAUUAG